AUGGCAAAGGUUCAUCCCCAAGUACUUGUUGCCUCUUCAACUUCCUUUAAGCAAGAAGUUUUCACUAUAUGGAUGAAAUCUUUAAUUUUUGGCAGUAAUGGUUGCACUGUCUUUGAUUCAAACGGCCAAAUUGUGUAUCGCGUGGAUAACUACAAUCACAAAUAUAGUGAUGAAGUUCAUCUCAUGGAUAGGGUGGGCAAAGUACUGUUCACGAUAGUUAAAGAGAGAUUUAAAUUUUGGGGGAGUUGGAAGGGAUACAGAUGUGGUACAGAUCUUAACAAGGAAAUGCCUGUGUUUCAAGUAAGAAGGACCUUUGGAAUUCUUAGAGGGGACUCAGUGUGUGAGGUUGAUGUGGGGUUGGAUAAAAAUCAAAGACAGCAGUAUAGGAUGGAGAUUUGGACCAGGAAAUCAUCAUGCAAGAUAGUUGAACCCUUGGGUGAGCUUGUUGCCGAGGGGGUGAGCUCAAAGCAAAGAGGGCUUGAUAUCAUGGGGUAUUGGCAAUGGCUAAAGUGA